AUGGAGAAGAAAGUUAUUAAUCAGGGAGUUAAAACCUCUGAAUCAGGUGUCAAGAUAAGGAAGUCAACAGUUCCGGGAGUCACACUGGUCGAGUACAAAGAAAAUGUCCCAGAAGGAUAUAGUGCACCAGACAUUUUACGCCGACCAAUUUCACUGACCUUGCAGGAGGGCAAAAUUGCAAAUUUUAAAGCAGUUGUACAAGGAAAUCCAAAGCCUUCUGUGGUUUGGAGCUUCAAAGAGAAACAUCUAACAAAUGAUAACCAUUACAAGAUCUACCAAGACACGGUUACAAAAGAACACAUUUUGCAGGUAAUACAAUUGACUUCAGAUGAUGCUGGUUCCUAUAAGUGCAUCUUUUCUAAUGAAUAUGGAGAAGCCAGGUGUGUAACAAAUCUGAAUAUUAUAGAAGUUGGCUUCAAAAAGAAAAUGAAAAAACCUGAGGCAACAAAAGAGAAUUUGCCAGAUCCAACGGCUUUUCGGAAGAUGCUGAGAAAACGUGCCCUACCUGUAAAGAGACAAGAUAAUGUUCCAGAUGAAAAGGUCUGGGAAAUCCUCAUGAAUGCUGACAAGAAAGAUUAUGAAAAGAUCUGCCUGCAGUAUGGUAUCACUGACUUUCGCGGCAUGCUGACAAGGCUGAAGCAGAUGAAAAUCGAAAGAGAGGAAAAGCAAGCUGCGUAUUUGAAAUAUAUUGGCAAUUUGAAACACAUUGAAACAAAGGCAGAUGGCUCAGCUAACUUCGGAUUUGAUAUGGAACUGAAGAAUCCAAAUCUGAGUAUUUUUCUAUAUAAGGAUGAAGAAAUGAUUCCACUUUCAAUGAGUGAAGAUGGAAAGCAUCAACUCAGACAUGUUGGCAAAAGGUAUAACUUCUGUAUCAAAGAUCUUCAGCCAGAAGAUGUUGGAAUGUACAAGAUAAACGUUGAAGAUACAUCUGUUUUUGCAACAGAAGUUGAUAUUUAUCAUAUUCCAGUUGCUUUCAAACAGUCAUUGCAAGAAUGUAGAUGUAAUGAAACAGAAGAUGCUGUCUUUGGAUCCACCAUUUCAGUACCACUGCCUGUCGAGUGGUUAUACAAAAAUCUGACUCUGGAAGAUAGUGAUAAGUAUCAAAUUACUGUGUCACCAGAUGGUUUAACACAUCGUCUGAUUGUAAAAGAUGUAACUCUUGAAGAUAGAGGAGUGUACACCAUUAUAGCAGGAGCUAGAUCCUCAAGUGCACACUUAACAGAGCAAAAUAAUCAGCAAGGGAGUUUUCAAAGGAAGGAAUAUUCUUUGAAAACUUUGAUCUCCCUUGUCCCAAUGAUUUGUUCACCCUGUGCACACCACACCCAACCAGUCCCACUGUAUUUCAUUCUCUCCAAAUAUACUUCAAGUUACUACCCACAGAAAGAGGCACAUACCCACAGAAAAAUACUGGAGAACAGUAUUAACAAAAACCUAGAUGCCACCUCACGUCAUUCAAGAAGUGAAAAGAACUCUUCGGAUAUAAAUUUGAAACAAGAUUUGGAUGGUUUAAAGAAAGAUAACACUAAAGGCAUUACAGACAGAUUAACACAAAAUAAAGAUAUAACUAAAGAUGGUCUGAAGGAAAGAAAUAAUCUUUCAGAAGCUGACAGAACUCGAUUUGAUAGAAGAGGUUUGCAGGAUUCAACAGGAGAUGGGUUGUAUGGAAAUGAUCUAAGUGACAUUGGGAAAUAUGACAGAAUGGGAAAAGAUAGCAGUGUAAUUGGAAGAGAUGGAUUAGGGAGAAUGGAUGAAGAUGGCUUGGACAGAUUGCAUAGCCAGGGAAAGGAUAACAGGGGUCGGCUGGAUGGAAUGGGAAAAGAUGGUAAGGGCAGUUUGGUUGGAAUGAAUGAAGAAGAAAUGGGAAUUGGUGGUAAAGGCAGACAAGAUGGAAUAGAAAGAUAUGGGGGAGACAGAUUGGGUGGAAUUGGAGCAGAUGGCAUGGAAAUUUGGGAUGCAAUGGGAAAAAGUGGGAAGGGUCAACUGAUUGGAGAGGGGAAAGAUAGGAUAGAUAAUUUAGGUGAAAUGGGAAAAGAUGCGAGUGGAAUUUUGGGUGGAUUAGGAAAACAUGGGAAGGUUCAGUUGGGUGGAAUGGGACUAGAAUUCACAGACAAUUUGGAAGGGGUGGGUAAAAAUGGACAAGAUAGUUUGUAUGGAAUGGGAAAUGAAGGAAAUAGUGGUUGGGGUGGAAUGCGAAAAGAAGGAAAGGGAACUGGUGGAAAAGACAGACCUGAUGGAUUGGGAAAAGGUGGUAUGGCUGGAUUAGAUGGAAUGGGAAAAGGUGGUGUGGCUGGAUUAGAUGGAAUGGGAAAAGGUGGCAUGGGAGGUUUAGAUGGAAUGGCAAAAGGUGGUGUGGCUGGAUUAGAUGGAAUGGGAAAAGGUGGCAUGGCUGGAGUCGAUGGAAUGGGAAAAGGUGGCAUGGGAGAUUUAGAUGGAAUGGGAAAAAGUGGUGUGGCUGGAGUAGAUGGAAUGGGAAAAGGUGGCAUGGGAGGUUUUGAUGGAAUGGGAAAAGGUGGCCUGGGAGGUUUAGAUGGAAUGGGAAAAGGUGGCAUAGGAGCUUUAGAUGGAAUGGGAAAAGGUGGUGUUGCUGGAGUAGAUGGAAUGGGAAAAGGUGGCAUGGGAGCUUUAGAUGGAAUGGGAAAAGGUGGUGUGGCUGGAGUAGAUGGAAUGGGAAAAGGUGGCAUGGGAGCUUUAGAUGGAAUGGGAAAAGGUGGCAUGGGAGGUUUAGAUGGAAUGGGAAAAGGUGGUGUGGCUGGAGUAGAUGGAAUGGGAAAAGGUGGCAUGGGAGCUUUAGAUGGAAUGGGAAAAGGUGGCAUGGGAGGUUUAGAUGGAAUGGGAAAAGGUGGUGUGGCUGGAUUAGAUGGAAUGGGAAAAAGGGGCAUGGGAGGUUUAGAUGGAAUGGGAAAAGGUGGUGUGGCUGGAGUAGAUGGAAUGGGAAAAGGUGGCAUGGGAGCUUUAGAUGGAAUGGGAAAAGGUGGCAUGGGAGGUUUAGAUGGAAUGGGAAAAGGUGGUGUGGCUGGAUUAGAUGGAAUGGGAAAAAGGGGCAUGGGAGGUUUAGAUGGAAUGGGAAAAGGUGGUGUGGCUGGAUUAGAUGGAAUGGGAAAAGGUAGCGUGGGAGGUUUAGAUGGAAUGGGAAAAGGUGGUAUGGCUGGAUUAGAUGGAAGAGGAACAGCUGGAAAGGGCAGAUUGGAAGGAACAGGUAAAAAUGGGAAGGAUGUUUGGGAUGGAUUGGGGAAAGAUAUGAAAGGCAGAGAGAAUGCAAAGGACAAAUGGAAUGAAAUGGAAGAAAGUGACCUACAUGUAUUGGAAGGAAUGGGAAAAGAUGGAAAGAGCAGAUUGUUUGGAGUUGGAAAGGAUGGCAAUAAUAGUUUGGUUGGAAUUAGUAAAGACCAAUUGGAUGGCAGUGGACCAACUGAUAUGAAAGGUUCAAGUAGCAAAAGCAGAUUGAACACAUUUGGUUCUAAUCAAGACAAAAGUGGCUUGGAAGGGUACAGUGGCUCUGCCUUUUCUGGAAUUGCUGCUAAAGAUGGGGGUGGUUUUGAAGCCAUUAAUGCUUUGAGUACGGCUGGUGAGCUCUCGAGUAUGAGUGGAAGUGCUGGAGAUGUAAACGACGGGUCCACCUCAUCAGCCGGCAAUAAAAGAGGUUUGCUGGGAGAUGGCCAAAUGUCAAUCCGAGAUGAAUCCAUGGAUGAGAGUAAACGAGGCCUGUUGGCUUCUGAUUUAUCCCAGAGCCAUGCUAGAAGAAGACACAGAAAACUUUCUGAAAGUGAACUUACAGGGAACAAGAAGCUCCAGAGCAAAGAAGCAGCUCACUACUUCAAAAGUGGACUUUCAGACAUAAGUGCCAAGAAGGGAGAGGCAGCUGAGCUUUGCUGUGUGACGAAGAACGAAGAAGCACAAGGCUCCUGGUUUAAGGAUGGUAAAAAGAUUACCUCUGGAAAUGGAAAGGUUAUUACGAAGGAAGGAGCAGUACAAAAAUUGACGUUUGGUCAUAUCCAAGAGGAGGAUUCUGGAAUAUACACAUUUGAAGCUGAUGGAGGAAGAACAGAAGCUUCACUAUUUGUUGAAGAUCCACCAGAAUUUGAUCAGGAUAUGCUUGACCAACUGGGAAAGAAACCUAUACUAGUUAAGGCUGGUCACACUGCAACAGUGAAAGUGCAAUUCAAAGGAAAACAACCAAUGAAGGUGUCUUGGUACAAGGAUGGAGAUGAACUGUUCAAUGACAAAAGGAUAAAAAUUGAUAAUGCUGGAAACUUUACAAGAUUGUCAAUCUCCAACUGCAAUAGAAAGGACAGCGGAAUUUUAACAGCUAAACUGAAGAAUGAAAGUGGUACAGCUAGUACAGACAACAUUAGCCUGUGUGUUAUUGAUAAGCCACAAGCACCUCAGGGGCCGAUAGAGGUUCUAGAAAGCUCUGAAAGUUGUAUCUCCUUUAAAUGGAAACCACCCAAAGAUGAUGGCGGGAAACCCAUUACAAACUACAUAAUUGAAAGACAACUCGUAGGAAGAAAUACGUGGACUAAAGUUGGUGAAAAGGAUGUGUCAGAAACAACAUUUUCUGUUCCCAAAGUGCAACCUGGAAAGAAUUACAAAUUCAAGGUUUGGGCAGUGAAUUCUGAAGGUGUAAGUGAGGCAUUGUUAUCAGAUACAAUCACAGCUGGUAGAAGAGAUGUUCCUGGACCUGUUGCAACACCAAAAAUCCUGAAUGCAAACAGCAAAUCCAUUACAUUGUCAUGGACACCUCCAAAAAAAAUUGGAAGUUCCAGAUUAAUUGGCUAUCUCAUUGAAAAGCGCAAGGAAGGUAGCAACACAUGGAUUGUUGUCACUGACCAUCCAAUUACAGAGAAGAAGUGGACCGUCACUGAUGUUGUUGAAGGGCUAAAAUAUGAAUUCCGAGUGAUUGCAGUGAACUCAUCUGGUUUGGGAGAACCCAGCUGUGAAACUGAAGCUGUGUUUGCUCGGGAACCCAUAAGGCCACCUGGGACCGUGAGAGACCUCAGAAUGAUAGACUCUACCUACUCAACCAUAUCUCUGGCGUGGACUCCACCAACAUACCAGGACAAUGGAGAAGCAAAAGGUUACAUUGUCGAAAUGAAAUCUUCUGGAAGUGCCGCUUGGACCAGAUGCAAUCCCGUUCCUAUUGCACUGAAUUCAUACACUGUGAAGAACUUAAAACCAAUGGGGUCGUACUUCCUGCGUGUGACAGCUGUCAAUGAUGGCGGAAUGGGGGAGCCUGUAGAAUUAGACAGUUACGUACUUGCCAUGCCACCACCAGUGGCGCCCAAGUUUAAAUUGGAUGAAUCCUUUAAAAGCUUCAUGAUCAUCAAAGAAGGCAAUUCAUUUCAAGUCCAAUUGCCAUUUCAAGCAUCACCUCCUCCCGAAGUAAUUUGGCUCAAAGAUGGAUCACCUUUGAGAAAGCAAGUUGCAGUAACCAAUACCAAUGAUGGCACUCAGCUUUUUAUUCCAGCCUGUCAAAGAUCUGACUCCGGAAUUUAUUCCAUAAUACUGAAGAAUCCUUUUGGACAAGAUUCGUUUAGUUUUGAGAUAAGAGCAACAGCAAUCCCCAAACCUCCGGGGCUCUUGACACUUAAUGAGAAUGUCCCAAAUACAGUGACAGUUUCUUGGGAACCAUCCAGAGAUGAACCACUUGAUGACCAUCUGCAUUAUGUUGUCAAGAAAAGAGAUUCAAGCCGACAAAUGUGGCACACCAUUGGAGAUAACAUCUUCAACAAUAAAUUCACAGUCAUAAAUGUGAUUCCAGGCCGUAAAUACUACUUCAGGGUUCUGGCAAAAAAUGAUCUGGGUUAUAGUGAUCCUUCAGACAUGGUGGAGCCAUGGGGCAUUACAAAGCAAAGAGAUUCAAUCACCUUAAAACUCCCCGACUACAAGGGUGUGAACAAUAUAAGUGCCCCUGAGUUUACAGUGAAGUUAAAGACUCAUACUGCACCCACUGGAUCUGAUGUUUGCAUGAGCUGUGCGGUUAAAGGGUACCCACCACCUAACGUGACCUGGUUCAAAGAUAAUAUAAGUAUCACAAACAAUGCUAACUUCUGGUCAACAAAUGUCUGUGGAGUUUGUUCCCUUUGCAUCUUUGCCGCAAGCCCAAAACAAUCUGGAGAAUACAUGGCCUUUGCAGAGAAUAUGGCUGGAAGAGCUACCUGCUCAACCAGGUUAAAUAUAAGAGACUGAAGCAACUCUACAAAGAGCUUUGGUAAUUUUGAAAGGCCAAACUGGAUGAAGAAUACAUUAGGUCACAACUUUACCACAUGUCAUUUCUGAGUGCUACAUAACAGUAUGAUGCAUUGUGAGUUGUUCAUUAAUUCAUCUUAAAAAAAAGGCAUAAAAAUCAGCAAAAACAAAAAAAAUUAAUAAAAUGAUCUGGAGGAAUUGUAAAUUGUGCAUUUAAGCAGAUUACAAAACCUUUCACUUUGUUGUGACAACUUUUGACUCAUGAUUAUUUUGUCAAAGUUUUUCUAUAUUCCAAUAAAAAUAUUUAAGUUUCAGUAGUGUUAAGAUGGCAAAAAUAAAUUCUGUUUUUGUUAACUGUUUUCUUCAAGCUGUGCACUGCCAAUUCCAUGAUGUAUUGUUAUACUUCAAACCAGAAAUAUAAACAGUUCUACACUGGAAAACACUUUUAAGAUAUUUUUUCUGUAUUAAAUGGUGAGGAUUUUUGCAUUUAAUAAAAUUACAAGACCAGAAAUUUGUUUACCUUUGACCAUGAACUAGCCACUUCAUUUCAGUAUGUUACAAGGUUGAAAAGAAGGCAGCUCCUGAUUUUGGACUAUAUUUCACUACAUAUCCCUGCUUUUGAGAAAAUAACAAAUAUAGAUAUAAUUUUACAAACACAAGGAAAUCUGUCCCAUUUCCCACACAUCUGCCGUCACCCCAUCCGCCCUCCACCCCACUUGUGAUAGGGUUUCCCUUGUCCUCACCUACCACCCCAACAGCCUCCAGGUCCAACAUAUAAUUCUCCAUAACUUACGCCACCUCCAACAGGAUCCCACUACCAAGCACAUCUUUCCCUCCCCCCCCUUUCUGCUUUCCGCAGGGAUCGCUCCCUAUGUGACUCCCUUGUCCACUCGUCCCCCCAUCACUUUCCACCAAUCUCCCUCUUGGCACUUAUCCUUGUAAGCGAAACAAGUGCUACUCCUGCCCUUACACUUCCUCCCUCACCACCAUUCAGGGCCCCAGACAGUCCUUCCAGAUGAGGCGACACUUCACCUGUGAGUCGGCUGGUGUGGUAUACUGCGUCUGGUGCUCCCGGUGUGGCCUUUUAUAUAUUGGUGAGACCCGACACAGACUGGGAGACCGUUUCGCUGAACACCUACGCUCUGUAUGCCAGAGAAAGCAGGAUCUCCCAGUGGCCACACAUUUUAAUUCCACCUCCCAUUCCCAUUCUGAUAUGUCUAUCCAUGGCCUCCUCUACUGUCAAGAUGAAGCCACACUCAGGUUGGAGGAACAACACCUUAUAUACCGGCUGGGUAGCCUCCAACCUGAUGGCAUGAACAAUGACUUCUCUAAUUUCUGUUAAUGCCUCUCCUCUCCUUCUUACCCCAUCCCUGACAUAUUUAGUUGUUUGUUUUUUUCUCUCUCUCUGCCCAUCACUCUGCCUGAUGGAGCUCUCCAUCUCCCUCUGGUGGUCCCCUCCCCCUUUCCUUCUCCCUAGGCCUCCCAUCCCAUGAUCCUUUCCCUUCUCCAGCUCUGUAUCACUUUUGCCAAUCACCUUUCCAGCUCUUAGCUUCAUCCCAACCCCUCCUAUCAUUUCGCAUUUCCCCCUCCCCCUCCUACUUUCAAAUCUCUUAGUAUCUUUCCUUUCAGUUAGUCCUGACGAAGGGUCUCGGCUCGAAACGUCGACAGUGCUUCUCCCUAUAGAUGCUGCCUGGCCUGCUGUGUUCCACCAGCAUUUUGUGUGUGUUGUUUAUAAUUCUACAAAGUAGUUACAACAUAUUUAAACUAUAGGCUAAUGUUUUAUAUUGAUUUAUUGUGGCAUGGAAAUUGUUCUAACAUAAAUAUAGCUAGAGUGAUCAUGAUUUCUUGUAAUUUUACACACAAAUUUAAAUUCUACUAAUGCCUUGUUAAAGUUCUUAAUUUCCCUUUGCUGAAUCAUAUAAAUAAAAUA